ACUAAACAAUACAAUAAUCUUAGCAUAAAAGAAAACAAUACAAUAAUCUGGUUUGGGAGACCUUUCCCUAUUGAUUGGGAAGGGAUAAUACAAAUUUACAUGUCUUACACCUCAUCUUCCAUUUCAAGGGACCAUCAAAAUUAUAGUUAGGAAUGAGUCCAUUUGACUGUUUAUUAACAUAAAAUGAACCCACCCUUUUAUCAGCUGUUGUUAAUUGCCUUCUUAAUCUCUUAUAUAAUCUACUUAAUUUAAAGAAAUCUUUUUAAAAAUGCAAAGAUUUUAGGAUCAAAGUUAAGAAAUUUGCAACAUUUUGGUAAGAUGGGAGGUACUGCAUCAGCUCCUGUGAUUCCUGAAGGUCUUGGAAGUGUUGUUUAUGAUCAAAAUGGUAUGAAACAUAAUCAUCAGAUCAAAUCUGGAUCAGUAAAUUCGCAACGAGGCGGUAAAGCUGUUAAUCAAGAUUCUGCUGUUCUUUGUCAGGGAUAUGGAUCAAAAGAUGGUGUACUUUGUGGAGUAUUUGAUGGUCAUGGGAAAACCGGUCACCAUACGAGCAAGAUUAUCAAAUACCGGUUGCCACUGCUACUGCUUGAUCAAAAGAAUGCAGUGUCAUCAAAGGCUAAUAAUGUGAAUAAUUCAGAAACUAAAUCAACAAACAAGAGUGAUGAUCAAAACCAGUCAUCACCAAACACGGAACUCAUUCAAUGGAAGGAAGCGUGUAUCAAUGCUUUUGAAGAAAUGGAUGAAGUGAUUAAGAUGGUGACAAAAGUUGAUUAUUCUUUCAGUGGAAGUACUGCUGUAAUAGCCCUGAAACAGGGUGAUGAUCUUCUCAUUGCUAACCUUGGAGAUUCGAGAGCUAUGCUAGGAACUAGAGGCGAAAAUGGAGUUACAGCUGUACAAUUAACCACUGAUUUAAAGCCCGGCACACCUGAGGAAGCUAAUAGAAUAAGAAGGUUCAAAGGAAGGGUGUUUGCAUUGAGGGAUGAACCAAGUCUUCAACGAGCGUGGAUGCCUCAUGCUCAAAGUCCAGGGAUGGCUAUGUCUCGGUCCUUUGGAGACUUAGUUAUGAAACACUAUGGCAUAAUCUGUACUCCAGUUAUCACUCACCACCACAUAACUUCAGAUGACCUUUUCAUCGUGCUUGCUACUGAUGGAGUAUGGGAUGUGCUUAGCAUCAAGGAAGUAGCAUCAAUAGUAUGGGGUGUAGAGGAUGAAAAAAUGGCAGCAAAAGCAGUUGUAGAUGCAGCAGUUGUAGCAUGGAAGAGGAAGAUUCCAUUAGAUAAGCGCGAUGAUUGCACUGCUGUUUGUUACUUUCUACAGAAAAAGGAUCAAACACAAGCUACCACAAGUAACUCUUGAAAGACUAACAAGCCUUACCACUUCACUUCAAGGUCAAAGACCACUGAUUGUAAAUAUGUGGAGAUUAGUAGUAACCCAGGCAAGUUAAUCUAUGAUUAGAUAAUAAGCAGUUUUGGCUUCAUAGAUUGUGGCAUGAAAUGAAAGGAUCUGGCUUUAAAAGAGGGAAGAAUUCAGAGGUCCUGUUAUCAAAUGGAAUUUGAAUUUGCAUUAUUUGUACAGGUCUUGUGGUCAAGUAUAUAUAGCUAGCUGUAUAUGAAUGGUGGAAGACAGUAGAUUAAAGAUGACAUUCCAUUUAUUUGUUUUUGCUGAGACCUUACACAAGUAUGUAUAAACUAGUUUUUACA